CCCCUCUCACUUAGCUUACAGACACACCAUUACCCCAAAUUUGUGAAUUGUGAUCUUCCAAACCGUGCCUCACACUCAAUCUCUCAUCAUCACAAUCUAGCUCCUCUUGCACUUGCAGCUAUCGUCUAUCAGUGAUCAUCAUGGGAAAUUGCCUGGUGAUUCAAGACAGGAAGGAGAUCAAGAUCAUGAGCGUCGUGGACGGCAGCGAGGUCCUCAAGGUGUCAUCCCCCGGAAGUGAUGAGUCCCUGACGAGCCGGCUUCCGGUGAAGGCGCCGGCGGCUGUCGUCGACCCCGGCUCCGUCAGGGUGAAGCUGGUGAUCAGCAAGCAGGAGCUGAAGAAGAUGCUGGACAAGGAGGGCAUGUCGCUGGACGACAUGGUGUGUCUCAUGCGCAAAGAACAAGCAAGUGACCGUGAACAGGAUUGUUGUGGAGGGUGGCGGCCUGCGCUGGAGAGCAUACCAGAGGGCAGAGAUCUAUAGCAGCCGGGAUCGUUUCAGAGAUCCUGUGGAGGCACAGAAGGAUCAUCGUGCUUACGAGUUGCAGGAUUUACUUUUUGGAAUAAGUGUAAGCAAAACAUGUACAUGUGGUGGAUAUAUGACAUAUAUACAUGUAAAUAUAUAAAGAUAGUAUAGGUAUAGGCAUAUGGUACAAUGGUAGGAGUUUUGAGAUAGGGAUUCUCUUUACCAUUUCUUGUAGCUUACACGCAUGACGCAUGUAAAGAAGAGGUAAAGAUGAUCCUGGAAAUCAAGCAGGUUGUUGUAUGACACACUCUUUGUGUCCACAUAUCAUCAGCAAAGCUAGCUUUGCCUAUAAACAGGCAGGACUUAUCUCAAGGGUUUCACGUA